AUGCAUCAAAACAUGGAACCUAGUUCUACUACAAAUAAAAAAUCUAUUCAUUUAGAAUUUGAUCUUGGAAAUUUAUCAGCUUUUAAUAUCAACUCACUUGAUACAUAUUCUUUAAAAAACAAUAAAGAAGAAUAUAUUAUGUCAUUUUCAAGGGAUAGUAUACAAAUUCUUGUAAAUAGAAUUUUUUCAUUACCAAAAAUUAUUACUCUUAAUGGUUCCUUUAUUGAAUUACCAGAACCAAUCAUAUCAUUACCUAGAGAAAAACCUAUACCAAAACCAAGACCUGAAACAAAAUGGGAAAAAUUUGCUAAAGCUAAAGGAAUUAAGUCUAAAAGUAAAAUAGACGGAAAAAUGACAUAUGAUAAAAAUAAAAAAAAAUGGGUUCCUAAAUGGGGUUAUAAAGGAAAAAACAAAAAUCUUAAGAAUCAAUGGCUUAUUGAAAUUAACAACAACAACAAUAAUAGGGAUUUUGAUCAGAGAAUUUUAACAAAAUCAUUAAGAAAAGAACGUAUUAAACGAAAUAAAAACCAAAAUAUAAUAAAUUCUAAUUCCAAAAAAAAAACAAAUCGAAAUUAA